AUGAUAUCUCUGGAGGAGGUGAUUCCCAUUAGGAAGUACAGAUGGACCACCUUGGACAUCCUGUUUCCUUAAAGCCUGUCAGUGAGAGCUGAGCCAGUGCCUCAAACACUGGGACAUUUAACAUUAGAUGAGUGUCUAGGUGUGUCUCUGGAUGUAUAGGAGAUCCUUGACUACUGGAGACUGGACCCUGUUUGCAGCCCUUGAGGUUCAAGGAGAGGAGCUCGGGGGUUAGGGAACGAGGUGGAUCCAGAGGCAAUGUUACCACCUAACUAGACACCAGCAGCCAUAAUGGGGGGUGUUCCUGUGUUUCCUCUAGCCUGACAAGAGAUAAAAGUUGAGGAUCCUAUAUAUGCAAAAGUAUGCGGACACCCCUUCAAAUUAGUGGAUUCGGCUAUUUCAGCCAUACCCGUUGCUGACAGGUGUAUAAAAUCGAGCACACAGCCAUGCAAUCUCUAUAGACAAACAUUGGCAGUAGAAUGGCCUUACUGAAGAGCUCAGUGACUUUCAACAUGGCACCAUCAUAGGAUGCCACCUUUCCAACAGGUCAGUUUGUCCAAUUUCUGCCCUGCUAGAGCUGCCCCGGUCAACUGUAAGGGCUGUUAUUGUGAAGUGGAAAUGUUUAGGAGCAACAACGGCUCAGCCAAGAAGUGGUAGGCCACACAAGCUCACAGAACGGGCCCGCCGAGUGCUGAAGCGCGUAGCGCGUAAAAAUAAUUUGCAACAUUCACUACCGAGUUCCAAACUGCCUCUGGAAGCAACGUCAGCACAAUAACUGUUCGUCGGCAGCUUCAUGAAAUGGGUUUCCAUGGCCGAGCAGCCACACACAAGCCUAAGAUCACCAUGCGCAAUGCCAAGCGUCGGCUGGAGUGGUGUAAAGCUUGCUGCCAUUGGACUCUGGAGCAGUGGAAACACGUUCUCUGGAGUGAUGAAUCACACCAUCUGAAUCACAUCAUCUGGCAGUCCGACGGACGAAUCUGGGUUUGGCGGAUGCAAAGAGAACUCUACCUGCCCGAAUGCAUAGUGCCAACUGUAAAGUUUGGUGGAGGAGGAAUAAUGGUCUGGGGCUGUUUUUCAUGGUUUGGGCUAGGCCCCUUAGUUCCAGCGAAGGGAAAUCUUAACGCUACAGCAUACAAUGACAUUCUAGAUGAUUCUGUGCUUCCAACUUUGUGGCAACAGUUUGGGGAGGGCCCUUUCCUGUUUCAGCAUGACAAUGCCCCCGUGCACAAAGCGAGGUUCAUACAGAAAUGGUUUGUUGAGAUCGAUGUGGAAGAACUUGACUAGCCUGCACAGAGUCCUGACCUCAACUCCAUCGAACACCUUUGGGAUGAAUUGGAACGCCGACUGCGAGCCAGGCCUAAUCUCCCAACAUCAGUGCUCGACCUCACUAAUGCUCUUGUGGCUGAAUUGCAGCAAUGUUCCAACAUCUAGUGGAAAGCCUUCUCAGAAGAGUGAAGGCUGUUAUAGCAGCAAAGGGGGGACCAACUCCAUAUUAAUGCCCAUGAGCAGGUGUCCACAUACUUUUGGUCAUGUAUGAUUUUCAGAUUGAAUCAGGCAUGACUCAAGUUCAAACAAGCACCAUCCCAGUCAAAAAGCAGUCCUUAGAAAAUGCUCCUGUGGGUGUCAAUAACAAAAAUAAAAAAAUCUAAAAUGGAAGUCGAGGAUCCUAUUUGGGCAUGUUAUUUUGCAGAACAGAAAAAGGUGGUGCCUAAUCUUGAGAGGGAAAUGUGUACCCAGUGA